AUGGCUAUGUUUAAGAUAUACAAAAAUAUUCCACUGAUCCACAUUUAUGUCAGUAAGCCAAAUGAAGAGGAUAAUGAAGCUGUUAGAUCAGUGGAAGAAGAAGUUGACACUGAUAAUGACAGUAUUUUCAGUGUUAAAAAUCAGAAUGCUGACAGUAAUGGCAAUGCUGAAAAUCAAAAUGUUGAGAAUGAGAAUGCUAACAGUGAUGGCAAUGUUGAAAAUCAGAAUGCUGAGAAUGAUGAGUUUGGUAAUAUUGAAGUAGAUGAUGAGGAAUUGGAUGAUGUGUCCCUGUAUGACAUAAGGUUUAAAAAGAAUGAAAGAAAAAGGGUCACUGCUAUAUGUGUGAAUGGAUGUGGAUGGAGGAUACAUGCCUCUUUGAGAGGAAAUGGCAACUUUGAGCUAAGUACAAUUAAACCUAAUGAUCCUGAUUGCCCUGAAGCUGAGAUAAAUAGGCAAGCAACUUCUACCUACAUUGCAAAGAAGUUCAAAGUGAUGAGGGCAAAGAGGAAGUCCUUGGAGAUUAUUGAAGGUCACCAUGAGGACCAAUUUUCCAAAAUUAGAGAAUAUUUUGCCCUUGUAAUGAAGAUAAAUCCUGGUAGUGUUUGUAAGGUAAAGACAAAGUUGGAGCCUGAUAGGAUGUCAACAAGAUUGGAGAGAGUCUUUUUCUCUUUAAAUACAAUGUGGAGGGGGUUCAUGGAGGGUUGUGGGCAUUUCAUUGGAUUGGAUGGGUGUUUCUUGAAGACUCCUUAUAAUCAGAUUCUACUUAGUGUUAUUGGUAGAGAUGGAGACAGUAGUUUUUAUCCCAUUGCACUUGUUGUUGUUGAAGCAGAGACUAAGGACAGCUGGGAUUGGUUGAUAAAGGAGUUGAUGGCUGUUAUUAGUCCCUACAAAGCAAUAACUUGGAUUUCAGACAGACAGAAGGGCUUGGUGGACACACUUGCAUCUUUGGAUGGUGGUCAAGAUUAUAGGUUUUGUGUUAGGCACUUGCAUGAAAACUUUAAAAAGAAAUAUCUAAGCAUGAAGUUGAAGCAAAUGGUGUGGAAUGCCGCAAAUGCAUUCAAUAAACCUGAGUUUAAGAAAUAUAUGCAAAGUAUAAGGGAACUCAAUGGUGAGGCAUAUGACUGGUUGUGCAAAAUCCCAUUUAGGUUUUGGACCAAGUCUAAGUUCACAGAUUCUUCCAAGUGUUAUCUUAAUAGUAAUAAUAUGUGUGAAUUAUGGAAUUCACACAUAUUAAAGGAAAGAGACAAGCCUAUCAUUUCAUGA